CGUGAAUUCAAUUCCAUAUUUGGUAAUAUCGUAGAAGCUCUUAUUGAAAAACAUGUAGACGUUGAUGUUGAAAAUAAAGACGGAGAUACUGCAUUACAUAUUGCUGUCGAAAAAGGUUAUAAGAAAAUUGUACGCAAACUGUUGCGCUAUGCAAAUGUGAAUGUACAGAAUAGUAAUGGUGAUACGCCACUCUUCUAUGCUGUUGAUGGAUGCCAAGGAGAGAUUUUCAGAGAGCUAUUGAAAGUGGACGAAAUUAAUGUGAACAUUAAAAAUAAUGAUAAGGAAACGGUACUUUUCAGAGCAGUUGAGAAUUGUUAAGGCACAAAAAAUUUUAAGAGUGUUUCAAAGGAUUUUCUAAACCGACAUCUUUUUUGUCGUGACAGGUACAAAGGAAAUUGCCAUGGAAUUGAUCAAGAACGAUGCUGAGAUCAACUUGAAGAACAUUGAAUCAAAUACGGUUAUUCACUACGCAGCUGCAAACGGCCAUGGAAAAAUCGUAGAUGAGUUACUGAAAAACAACGCAUUCCUUAUUCAAAUAGGCCGAGCUAAAGUUGUUGACGAACUAAUGAAACACAGUUCCGAUGUUAACUUGCAAAAUAUGAAUGGUGACACCGCACUUCACAUUGCCGCGCAGAAAGGUCACUCCAGUAUCGUGACGGCAUUGCUCAAAAACGAUGCAAAUGUUAAUCUCAAAAAUAAGGAUGGAAAAACACCCAUUUUCAUUGCAGUUGAAAAAUACCGUGAUGACAUAUUCGAAGAUUUGUUGAAACACAAUGCAGACGUUAAUGUUAAAAACAGACGCGGUGAAACAUUGCUGUCAGUAGCUCUGCGGCCGGUCAAUCAAUUGCACAAAUAUGGUGCUGAGGAUGACACUAAAACAACAACACAAUAUGAAAAUAUGGAGAAAUUAUUCGACGAAUAUUUGCACGGCAAAUGUAUUCGUCAUAGCGGAAAGAUUUCCAAAAUUCUGCAUCGUAAACACUAA